AUGCCUCCCAAAUCAACCGCUCAACGACGGUUAUUCAAGGAAUACCAGCAGCUAUCCCGUGAUGCCCCUGAGGGGAUAAUUGCGGGCCCUCUGGAUGAAGAUGAUUUGUUUUAUUGGGAAUGUCUGAUAGAGGGACCAAAGGAUACUCCAUACGAGAAUGGGGUAUUCUCUGCUCAAUUGACAUUUCCUAAGGAUUACCCAUUGUCACCGCCCAAACUCAAGUUCAAUCCACCAUUGAUUCACCCAAAUAUUUAUGCGGAUGGAACGGUUUGCAUUUCAAUCUUACAUCCUCCAGGAAAUGAUCCAUUGCUAUACGAACGACCUGAAGAACGCUGGUCUCCGGUGCAAAGCGUCGAGAAGAUUCUACUUAGUGUAGCUAGCAUGCUGGCUGAACCAAAUGUUGAAAGCGGUGCCAACAUAGAUGUGUGCAAGAUAUGGAGAGAUGACAGACCAAAAUUUGAUGCUAUGGUCAGAGAACAAGUCAGAAAGUCGCUGGGGCUGUGA